CAGCUAAAUUCCAAAUAAACCACCAACACAAUACAAAAGAGAGAGAGAAAAAUAAAGAACUGAUAUCUUUAGAUCUCCUGUUUACCUGAUCUCCGAUCGUCUCUUCGAAUGGCCGCCGUGCUCGAGUGCGUCAGCGUUCCACGUGCUUCGGCUUCUCCGGCUCUUUCGCCUUCUAAACUUUCGUCUUCUUCGGUUUCUUCGAUCUCUGCUCGCCGGAGAUUGCCGGAAUUCAAAGGCCUUAAGGUCGUUCCGACUCGCUCAUUUGGAUUGAUGAGCCAUACUCAGUGUUCGAGCUUGAAACUUGGCCGCUCUGGACGAAUCGUCUGCGAGGCUCAAGAAACAGCCGUUGAUGUGCCUGCAGUCUCUGAUUCAACAUGGCAAUCACUUGUACUGGAAUGUGAACUCCCGGUUUUGGUUGAAUUCUGGGCUCCGUGGUGCGGACCCUGCCGGAUGAUCCACCCAAUAAUUGAUGAACUUUCGAAACAGUAUGCUGGGAAGCUUAAAUGCUACAAAGUGAAUACUGAUGAGAGCCCUCCAAUUGCUACACGCUAUGGAAUUCGGAGCAUCCCAACUGUUAUAAUAUUCAAGAAUGGGGAUAAGAAAGAUACAAUUAUUGGUGCUGUUCCUAAAUCCACUUUGAUCUCCAGCAUUGAGAAAUUCUUGUAGACAUGGUAAGUAAAUGGCAACUUUGCUGGAAAUGCAUGAUCUUCAGCAUUUGUUUGUUUUGCAUUGCCACUUCCAGUGCCCUGAAAUGAAAUACUUUUCUCUUACAAUAAACUUCCAUCUGCCGUUGUAUAGUCAUUAUAUGCACCUGUAUGUUCUUAUUUCUUAGUAAAGCUAGUUUUCUAUAUAUUUCUUACAUA